AUGGGGCUGUGAGGGCGCCGGACACCCCGCGCCGCGCCGAGCGGGACCAGCGGGCUCCUCACCGGGCUCCGCUCCGGGCCGUGCUCCGGGCCCACCGCAGGCACCGCCACAGGCACCGCCGCUGCCGUGCGGCUCGCAGGAGGGGGUAGUGAAAAAGAAAACCUCAAGAUGAGUAAAAAGCCUCCCAAUCGUCCUGGAAUCACAUUUGAGAUUGGUGCUCGCUUGGAGGCACUGGAUUAUUUACAGAAAUGGUAUCCAUCUCGUAUUGAGAAGAUAGAUUAUGAAGAGGGGAAGAUGUUGGUCCAUUUUGAACGAUGGAGUCAUCGUUACGAUGAGUGGAUUUACUGGGACAGCAAUAGGUUGCGACCCUUGGAGCGACCAGCAUUAAGGAAAGAAGGGCUAAAAGAUGAUGAAGAAUUUGUUGAUUUUAAACCCGGAGAAGAAGUACUAGCUCGUUGGACAGAUUGUCGAUACUACCCUGCAAAGAUUGAAGCAAUUAAUAAAGAGGGGACCUUCACAGUACAGUUCUAUGAUGGUGUUAUUCGAUGUCUUAAGAGGAUGCAUAUCAAAUCUAUGCCAGAGGAUGCAAAAGGACAGGCGCGCGAGAGGGAGCAGAUAGCGCCGGAGCUGAGAUUAGUGACGGAAAUCGAACCAAAAGAAGAUUGGAUAGCUUUGGUCAAAGCUGCUGCUGCAGCAGCAGCCAAGAACAAAGCAGGAAGUAAACCUAGAACCAGCGCAAACAGCAAUAAAGAUAAAGAGGACAGAAAAUGGCUAAAAGUUCCUUCAAAAAAGGAAGAAACCUCAACUUCUACAAUCAUGCAGGAAGUCCAAAAAAAGGAAGAGGAGCCUACAUCUAGUGAUACGUUUGUAGGAUUUCCUGUAGUGGAUGUUCCAAAGAUGGCUUUUGUGCAGGCAGAGAGCACGUUAUCGCACAAGAGGAAAAGUAAUUUAGGCAACUCAUUUCAGGCAAAGAGAGCUCGUCUUAACAAGAUCACUGGUUUAUUGGCAUCCAAAGCUGUUGUUGCGGAUGGUGCUGAAAAAAGGGAAGGCAACAAAGAAACAGCUCCAGUCCUGGAGCAGGAGAUUUCACCUAAACCACAAAGUCAGAAAAAAAAUGAAGCUGAUAUUAGCAGUUCUGCCAACAUUCAGAAACCUGCACUGUUAUCCUCAACUUUGUCUUCAGGAAAGGCUCGCAGCAAGAAAUGCAAACAAGAAUCUGGAGAUUCUUCUGGGUGUAUAAAGCCCCCUAAAUCACCACUUUCCCCAGAAUUAAUACAAGUCGAGGAUUUGACGCUGGUCUCUCAGCUUCCUUCUUCUGUGAUAAAUAAAACUAGUCCAUCACAACCAGUGAAUUCCCCUAGAUCCUACAAACAUAGCCAACGGAGAAGAAGAUCACAGCGUUUAGCCACUUGCUCCUUGCCUGAUGAUUCUGUAGAAAAAGUUUCUUCUCCCUCUUCAGUUACUGAUGGAAAAGUGUUCUCCAUCAGUGGUCAAAACCAACAGUCAUCAAAAUUGGAGGUACCUGAUGUUGCUCAUAUGUCACUUGAGAAGCGUGGACCAUGUCUCCCUCUUGAUUUAAGCCGUAGUUCGGAAGUUACAGCACCAUUAUCCACAGAAUCCACUUUCCGUAAUGAAUAUCCCAGUAAAGACAAGGAAGAUAUUCAGAUGAUUACAUAUCUUUCUUCCAAAGCAGUAACUGAUGGAAGAGUAGCUACAACAGCGUCAGCACCCUCGUCCCAUGUACAUGCCUUGCAGCUGGAAAUGCCUUUAACCAAUAGUCUAAAGUUACCCAAAGGGAAUAGUAAAAAAAAGAGGUCUUCCACAUCAGUGAGCUCUGAAGGGACAGAGAUACAGUGCUCUGUGCCCAUAAAGGAGAAAAGUUUUGAGAGUCUGAAGGAACAAAUAUUAAAGAACGUGAUUGAGAAGGACAAGCAUUCAGAAGUUGGUGCUGUGAGAAUGGAGAGAAAAGGGAAACUGGAAGAGAAAAGUUCUUCAACAUAUGGUAAAAAGAAAGAAAAGGAGAAAAAAGAGAAAAAGGAGAAGGAUCAUAAAUCAAAGCAGAAAAAGAAGAAGAAGAAAAAGAAGAAAUCUAGGCAGUAUGAUUAUUCAGAUUAUGAAGAUAGCUCUGUUGAGUACUUGGACAGGUGCUCCUCUCCAUUAACGCGGUCCUCGGGGAGCUCUCUGACUCUGCGCAGUAUGUUCUCAGAGAAGAAUACAUCAUACCAGUAUCCAAGAGCUAUCUUAUCUGUUGACCUUAGUGGAGAAAACCUUUCAGAUAUGGAGUUCUUGGAUGAUUCCUCUACAGAGAGUUUGUUACUUAGUGGAGAUGAAUACAAUCAGGAUUUUGAUUCAACUAACUUUGAAGAGUCUCAGGAUGAAGAUGAUGCUCUAAAUGAAAUUGUUAGAUGCAUUUGUGAACUGGAUGAAGAAAAUGGCUUUAUGAUUCAGUGUGAAGAAUGCUUGUGUUGGCAGCACAGCGUAUGCAUGGGACUGUUGGAGGACAGCAUUCCAGAGCAGUACAUCUGUUAUAUCUGCAGAGAUCCACCAGGUCAGAGGUGGAGUGCCAAAUAUCUUUAUGAUAAAGAGUGGUUAAACAAUGGACACAUGUGUGGAUUAUCAUUUCUGAAAGAAAACUACUCUCAUCUUAAUGCCAAAAAGAUUGUGUCAACGCAUCACCUACUUGCGGAUGUGUAUGGUGUAACUGAAAUAUUGCAUGGACUGCAGCUGAAGAUUGGGAUACUAAAAAAUAAGCAUCACCCAGACCUUCAUCUCUGGGCUUAUUCAGGGACACGAAAAGAACAAGAGCCAAUAACUAUUGGGGUAGAGAAAAAAUCAGUGACUUUGCCAGAUGCUGUUAAUCCACCUGAAAGGACGUGUCGCAGUCAAAACCAUAAAGAGCCACCCAGUAUACCCCAGAAGAUGGAAGAAACGUACAUCACAAGUGAGCACAGUUACCAGAAACCGCAGAGUUUUGGUCAAGACUGCAAAGCAGUUGCUGACCCUAUGAGCUCAGAUGAUGAAGAUACAAGUAGUUUUGAUGAAGAUCAGGAAUUUCACACAGAGAAUAAAAACUGUUUACAAUAUUCUUUUAAAGAUGGUGGCAUGAAUGAGCAGAAGAAUUCUGCUGAAGGAAACACUGUGUUUGUUUGUAAUGAAAGAAAAGGCUCAGAAGAACAAGCGGACACACAUCUUCAAUGGCAGCUAAAUCUCCUUACCCAUAUAGAGAAUGUACAGAAUGAAGUCACCAGCAGAAUGGACCUGAUUGAAAAAGAAGUUGAUGUUUUAGAAAGCUGGCUUGAUUUCACUGGAGAACUGGAACCACCAGAUCCUCUGGCAAGAUUGCCUCAGCUCAAGCGACGGAUCAAACAGCUCUUAAUUGACAUGGGGAAAGUACAGCAAAUAGCGACACUUUGCUCUGUAUGACAAAAGGAAGAAUAAAGAAAUAAAAAUAGGAUCUUUACGGUGAAUUUUCUUACUAGCCACAAGACUGACAGGAAGUCAGCAAAAAGCUGAGCAUUUAUCUGGUUCUUUGCUGAUUAGUAGCCUGAAGCUUUAGAGAGGGGAAUUUAGAGUAAGGAAUCUCUCGUAUUGAAAAUCUGAAUAUGCAAUGUCCAAACUUCACAAUGUAACAUAGUUCAUACUGAAAAAUGCUGAUAUGAUUUGAACAUGAUAAACAAGAAAAUCCCCCACCCCCCACUCCCUCCCAAGGAAGUUCAACAAACAAAAACUCGGUGAAGAACAAUACUACUGUUUGGAAACCUUUGGCAAAUAAUAUCUAACUUAGCAUUAUCCAGCUGGAGUUCUUGGGAACUGCUUUUUUAAUGAAUCCCUCUUGUCUUGCUAGUAAAAGAUAGACACAGAGAGAUCUGUAUCCUCUCUACAAGGGAAGUUUUUAGGUUAUGUCCUUCACGAAUGUUCAGGAAAGCAAACAUGUUAGUUUUGAUUUAUUUUUUUUUUGAAAGAAACUACUUAUCAUGGUCUCCUUUUUAAACUAUUUUUAAAAAUAGGAAUCCUUAUUACAGCACCCUUAGGCUCCUUUCAGACACAAGUGGCAAAUAGUGGUCAGAUGUGCCAAAUAAUACUUAAAACCACUGGGAUGAGAAUCUGGUUAUGACUUACAUGAAGGUUUUUUCCAAAGUCCUACUCGGUGCCAGCAAUCCAUCCAAAAUUGUAUCUAGUUUAUAUUUCUUUAUGUUCUAUUGCAGUGUUCAGGGUUCAAGGUACAUUUUUUGUCCUGGGAAAGCUCUGUUCUGGUGUUGGCCCUCUGAAACUUUACCAUCCUCAGCUGGGAUGAGGAAUGACAAGAGCAGCAAAUCUGGCUGUGGCUGGGAAUAUGCUAAACCACUAGAGUAAAUCUCACGAGAUACAUGAUCCGAGAUGUUUUAAUGAAACCUUUCAGCUUCAGUGGAUGAAAUGUCAUGAAACCAAAGGCAACCUGCUCGCUCUGUUAGCUCUUGCUGGAUUUUGAGCCCAGGACUUUCCCUGUGCUUCUAAGUUGUCGCUGUACCCAGUGCUACACACACAUUUGUAUGUGUAUGUAUAUGUGUAUAGCUACACAUGUACAUAUAUGCAUACUCUCUACAUUUAUACCUACACAUGUCUAGUUUUGUUACAAUAGACUCUGAGAACUGGUGGUUAACAUGAAAUGUUACCUUUUAACAAGCAGUUUCUAAAAAUGAAAAUAAUGUAUGUACAGGUUUUGAAAUUUGUAAAAUAUGACUGUUAAAAGGAGGCUAUUUAACUGGUGACAUUAAGAUACUUGAACAUUUUAUGCCUCACAUCUGUUUAUCAGUUCUAGUUAUCUGUAUAAAUGCAUUUUAGAACCGAUAGACAGUAAACUUGAAUUUACCUUUUGAUAAAGAGUACAAGCCACUGUACAUUCAAAAACUAUUUAAAUUUGCAAACACACUGUUCUAUAUGUAAGGUACUGUAUGUAAAACUGUUUAUUAAAACUAUUCUGCAUACUCUCCAUUUUCCACUGUUCUUCCUGAUCUGCAUACAACUGUAAUAAUGAUUGUUCUAAUGUACAGACCGCCAAAAAUAAUCUUGGAAUGCCUUUUGAGGAUGCAUAACAUUGAAAUAUGUGCCAAAGAUGGAUUAUCUGGGAAAGACUUUGCAGGCAGUGCAUUGAACUUUUAUGAUAGAACCAUUAUUGAGGAA